AUGGCCUCUGUCGAUUCUAAAUCAUCGAGAAAAGACGAGGACGAGGAGUCCAAUGUCAUACAUGACGACUUGAAUGAAGAUGAGGAACAAGAGCACUCCAGCUCGGAGUUGGACGCCGUCCAACAAGAAUUCUUAGCGCAUCAUCAACAGCUGGAAGAAUUCCUGUCGCCGAUCUCUUUGAAUGAGGGAUUGCUGUAUAAGCUGGCCCGGCGGUUUUCCGCAACCUACCGCAACCUGGCCUUAACAUCAGACCAGCAAUUUUUACCGACUCCUGUCACCCAAUUACCUACCGGCCGGGAGACCGGCCGCUACUUGGCCAUCGAUGUCGGAGGCAGUAAUCUCCGAGUUGCAUUUAUCGAGCUGCUUGGCGACGCUGUUGAUUCUGAUGUUCGUCCAACAGACGCCACGGAGGAGUCGCAUGACACAAUCCGCAAGGCUCAGCGCCCACGAGUGAAGCAAACGCUCGAGAAGGCGUGGCCUAUCCAGGAGCAUUUAAAGUUGGACAAAGCAGAAGAUCUAUUCUCUUGGAUCGGUGAUUGUAUCGCGGAGGUGGUGGCCGAAAGCCUAUCCUCGGAUGCAACCAAGAAGGAUAUUCCUACCGAAUUAGACAUGGGUAUCACAUUCAGUUUCCCUAUCAUGCAAGAGUCGCUCGCAGAAGCCACACUGAUGCCCAUGGGCAAGGGUUUCGCUAUCUCAUCAAAUCUCAAUCUCGGCAAUAUUCUUCUGAAUGGCUAUGAAAAGCAUACGAGACGACCGGAUGAUGAUGACGAACCAUCCUCUAAACGCCGGAAGCUGUUCGCACUUCCCAAGCUCAAGAUCCAGGCAAUAACCAAUGAUACUGUGGCGACUCUGGCGUCGUUGGCAUACAAGGUAAAAUCCUUGCCGAAUAGUCGAGUAGCCAUGGGUAUCAUUGUGGGCACUGGCUGCAAUGCAACGAUACCAAUGAAGCUCGACUCUCUGCACGAAUCAAAAGCUAAGAGCGUCCACGCAAUGGAGCCAAACGCCGUGGAGACGGUUGUGAACACUGAAUGGACCAUCGCGGGCGCUGCACCGCCACUACAAGAGCUCGGGGUCACCACAAAAUGGGAUACUGAGUUGGACAAGGCUUGUAAACCCCCGGGGUUCCAACCCUUUGAAUACAUGACUGGCGGUCGGUACAUUGGAGAACUGGUUCGCUUGAUUCUGUUUGACUAUCUGACUACAGUCGUUGGAUUAUCAAAGCGCGCCUUGCCGGCAAACCUCAUCCAAGAAUACGCCUUGACGACUACCUAUAUAUCCAACAACGUUGCCAAAGCCCGAUCUGACCCUGAACUUGCCAAGACCUUGAAUGAAUCACUUCCACCUCCCGAGAGCAGCGAUUGGCGCUGGGAUGCUCGAACAGCCGGGGCCUUCCGAAAGGUCGCCCGUACAGUACAGAGACGAUCAGCCGGGCUGAUCGCAGCUGCAGUUGUCGGCCUACUAGCAUGCGCGCGUGAGAUUGAACUCAAGGAAGACAGCAACACUAACACACCUGAUGUUGCUGCUUCGCCGAAGAAUGAAGAAGUUGUCGGCGCACUGGAUGCUGCUGCCGCAAGCCUUCAGUCGACUGGUAAACAUGCGGCUCACGAAUAUGUUGUCCCGGUUAUUGAGCCCAUCAAGGUCGAUUGGAAUUCUGGACCCGAAGAACUGGUUGUGGCAUACACCGGUGGCAUCAUUCAGCAUUAUCCUCAAUUCAAAGAGAUGUGCCAGCAAUAUAUCGAUCGCCUUAUCAUGCGAACAGGUCCACAGCGUGGCGCCAAGUCUGUUUUCCUACGAGAAGCAUCCGAUGGUGGUGUCAUUGGAGCUGGUGUUCUGGCUGGCAUGGUUGUUCGCAAAUGA